UCACCCUUCCGGCUCCGGUCGGCUGUGCAUAGUUGGCUGUUUAUUGUUUGCGCGUCAAUCAACUAGCGGGAAGAAAGAGGAGCCACCUACACGGAGCAAGAUGAGGGAGGGCACCGCGAACUGCGUCGACAUCCUCAUCGCCAUCAUCCUCCCACCGCUCGGCGUCUUCCUCAAGUUCGGCUGCAAGGUCGAGUUCUGGCUCUGCCUCUUGCUGACCUUCCUCGGCUACCUUCCGGGGAUCAUCUACGCGAUCUACGCCAUCACCAAGCAGUAAAAGGAACCAUGCAGGAUCACCAGGAUGUGAAGUUCUCACUUGUGUCGUUUGGAGAUCAAUUGUCAGUUGUUAAGCCAUUACUGAGCUUUCUUGCUUCGUGUCCAUCAUAUCGAUCCGUCUGAACAUUUGUGGAUCUUGAUUAUGUUGCAGUAAUUCGUGUGAAAAAUCUCUCUUUUGCUGGCAAUUCGUUGUUUCGUAUGUAGUUCGCGCACUUUACAUGGAGAAAGCAAUAAAAUAUGUAUAUUGCUUGCUGA